AUGUCAAGAGAACCAAUAAAAUAUAAUGUUUCAGAAUUAUCAUAUGAAUUUGAUGAUGAUUAUGUAUGCCCAAUAUGUUUUGAUAUAUAUUAUAAAAAAGAAGUUUACCAAUGUAAAGAAGGUCAUUGUUCAUGUAAAGAUUGUUGGAUAAAAUCACUUAAAAAUAAAAAAGAGUGUAUGCAAUGUAAAACUAAAGUUAAUUCAUUCAAUGAACUAUCAAGAGUUAGACAAGUUGAAAAGUUUUUAUUAAAAAUUUGUGUAUGCUGUCCAUAUUCAUUCAAAAAUAUUAUUAGAGUAUAUGAAAGUGAAAAAUUAAUAAAAGAUGGUGGUGGAUGUAAUGAAAUCAUUAAAUUGGAAGAAUUAGAUAAUCAUAUCGAAAACUGUAGUUUUAGAUUUAUAAAAUGUAAAUAUCAUGAAAAAGGAUGCAAUGAUAAAAUCAGAUACAAUGAAAAUGAAACUCAUAUUUCCAAAUGUGAAUACCGACCAAUAAUUUGUCCACAUUGUUCUAAUGUUUACUUAUUAAAAACAAUCGAACAACAUUAUCUCGAAUGUCCCUCGAUGUUAAUAGGCUGUAAAGAAUGUAACAAAAAAAUUAAAAGAGGAGAAAUGGGUAAUCAUUUAGAUAAAGAAUGUCAAGAGGUAAUUAUUCCAUGUAAAUUUUCACAAUUUGGAUGCAAUGAUAAAAUAAAAAGAAGAAAUUUAGAAAAUCAUUUAGAACAAACAAACCACACAAAACAUUUAAGUACAGCAAUUGAACAUUUAAUGAUUAAAAAUGAUCACAUCAAACAUUUAAGUGCAGCAAUUGAACAUUUAAAUAUUAAAAAUGAUCAACAAUCAAAUAUGAUUGAAGAGUUAGUCAUUAAAAAUAAUCUACUUACAAAUAGUAUAAAUGAAUUAGCUAUAUGUAGAGAAUAUAAAUAUAAAUGGAUUAUUUCAAACUAUUCCAAAAUUAAUCAUAAUGUUGGUGAUACAUUGAUAUCUCCUAAAUUUGGAUAUCCAAAUUUAUUUGAAAUCAGAUUAAGUAAAAAUGACGUAUGUGUUGGAAAAUUAUCUGUCUUUAUUUAUUCUUCGAUAGAACAAAAAAACAUGUCAUUCUCAAUAACUUUAUUAAAUAAAGAUACUAAAAAGAACAAAAUUCAAACAUUGAAUAAUAUUGAAAUAUUGGAAUCACAAGGAAGGGGAUGGUCCAACUUUAUAAAAAGUGAUGAAAUGAAUAAAGAAAAUGGAUAUGUAACAGAAAAUGACAAAGUAGAAUUUGAAUUUACACUUACUUAUCCUAAACCAAUGCCAUUGCUCUCUUAA